UUUAAAAGCAAAUUAUUAGAAUACCCAACUAAAACUAAUAAGCCCAAAACGCCAUCGUUUGAAGCAUUAGAAAUUCUAGGGACUUAACACGCUCACUCACGAUCAUAGAGAAUUCUGUACAAUUCUUUCACUUGCAGGUUUUGAGAGAAUGGCUAGGGUUUAUAUUGGGAAUUUGGACCCUCGAGUCACUGAGAGGGAACUUGAAGAUGAAUUUCGUGUGUAUGGUGUUCUUCGCAGUGUCUGGGUGGCUCGCAGACCACCAGGAUAUGCAUUUAUCGAGUUUGAUGAUCGGAGGGACGCCCUUGAUGCAAUUCAUGAAUUGGAUGGAAAAAAUGGCUGGCGUGUAGAGCUUUCUCAUAAUUCUAAGAGUGGAGGAGGAGGAGGCCGUGGUGGUGGGCGUGGUGGACGCGGAGGGGAUGACCUCAAAUGCUAUGAAUGUGGUGAACCUGGACACUUUGCUCGGGAGUGCCGUUCACGCGGUGGUUCACGAGGCCUAGGAAAUGGAAGGAGACGAAGUCCUAGUCCUUAUUAUCGGCGCCGUGGAAGUCCAAAUUAUGGUUAUGAUCGCAGGAGUUAUAGCCCGCGUGGGAGAAGAUCUCCAAGACGACGUAGCAUAACACCUCCUCGUGGUCGUAGCUACAGCAGAUCCCCUCCUCCAUACCGUUAUUCUCGCCGUGAUUCACCUUAUGCCAACGGAGAUUAAGAUCUGAUUGUGAACAGAGCAAAUGAUGAAUAAUUGUUGUGGAGCCCUCUCUGCUAUAGUCUAGUUUCUCUAGGAUUGGGUGAGCAUACAACAUACAUGUUAAUUAUGUUAUGUCAUGACAAUGGAAUGGGUAUUACUAUGAACUUGGAUUGCUAAGUGUUGUAGCCGCAAAAGGGUGCCUUGGACACUGUUUUGCGUCGGUUGUCUCUCUUCAGCUUACUAAAACCUGAAGGUCGCUCCAGUCUUCCCUACUUUAUAUAUAUAUAUUGUGGUGAUUUUUUGUUUUUUAGUCUUGCUAAUCCACUAUGGUGUUUUUUGAUAUAUUGUCAUUAAUAAGGAUCCUAAAAUGUUGAUGUUUGUCUGUUUUGAAGUGUGGGUAUCGGCCAAAACAGCAUUGUUUCACCACUUAGUACAUCUUGUCUGCUUUUGUGCUGCAUGCCUCCACAAACCUCUCAUCUUGUUGCUUCUGCAUAUAAGUUGACUAAAACUGCAAUAUCAGGAAGUUGCUUAUGACCUUUUUUUGUUGACUCUCGAUGAAUGCUACAGUUUCAUCCUCCUUUUGAAUUGGACAAGUUUAAAGAUGGAUAGAUAGAAUUUAUUGACUUGCUGCACCUCCAUGAAAUCGAAUCAAAAUUGGAAUUUGAUUAGUAACUAACUGCAUGUAGUGUCUGCUUCUCGCCAUUCUGUGUGGUUAAAUUGAUGAUUGCUGGUUCCAAACGUUUGCAUGUUGAUUGCAAUGUUUCUCCUUGUUACGUCUGUAGUUUCCAUGGUAUUGGGGCUGCAAUGACCGACAUCUUGGAUUUGUGGAAUCAAAAAGGUUGAUUCUAUUUAACUAAACACGCACACUUGAAAUGUCUUGCAUUUUUGCUCAUCCUCCUUUUGAAUUGGUGAAGUUGAAUGGUGGAUAGAUAAAAUAUAGAUACCGACUUGCUGCAUCUUCUUGAAAUCCAAUUGACUGAGAUUUGCCAAGUGAAUAACUUCACCAUUCCGUGUGGUUAAAUAGAUGGUUGGCGCUUCUAUAUGUUUUCAUGUCAAUUAGAAUAUUCGUCCCUUGUUUUGUCUUUAUUCUCCAUGGUAAACUCUUGGGACUGCAAUGAUCGGCAUCUUUGUUGUGUGGGAUCAGUAAGGUUGGUUCUGUUUAACUAAUGCGCACUCGCCUAGCGUCUUGCAUCACCGCUCUGACCUUAACUAGUUUCAGCUUCCUUACUGGCCUUCACAAGCUUCUACAGUAGAGUUUUUUAGCUAUCACCUUUAGCUACUGGGAUCAAUGUCACUAGUUGUUUUCCAUCUGUGCUUCUGGUUUGCUUAAUAUCGUCUGUUAUUAUGCUGGAUGGUUGAAAUUUGAGAGCUUACGGUCUAUUGAUUUGUUUUUCUUUGCUGACUGUAUUUUAAUGAAAUCAAGCAUCAUGUGUGCCACGCUAAAUUUGGUCUGAUCAGUUAUUUAUGUAAGGAAUAAUGUGAUUGGAUUAGUUUAUUUCUAUUUUCAUGCUUUA